AUUGAUAAACCAUUUUCCAAAUCACUACGAAAUAUCCAGAAAAGAUCUCCUAGUCAAGAAUAUAAAACGUUACCGAAGAGACCUGGAGAAAGAAGGGAGUAGUAUGGCAGAUAGAGGAGAUUCAAAAUAUUUGCAUUUGGAUUUCAUACCUGUCACUUUUGUAUUACCAGCGGAUUAUAAUAUGUUCGUGGAAGAAUAUAGAAAAGCUCCACAGAGUACCUGGAUCAUGAAACCAUGUGGUCGAUCACAAGGUUCCGGAAUAUUUCUGAUAAACAAGCUAUCAAAGUUGAAAAGAUGGUCGAGAGAAUCGAAAACACCCUUUCAACAACAAUUGUCUAAAGAAAGUUACGUUAUAUCAAAAUAUAUAGACAACCCUUUGCUUAUCGGAGGAAAGAAAUUCGAUCUACGACUGUAUGUUUUGGUUACUUCAUUUAGACCUUUGAAGGCAUAUCAGUUCAAAUUGGGAUUCUGUCGAUUUUGUACAGUCAAGUAUGAUUCUAGUGUUGCAGAACUCGAUAAUAUGUAUGUACAUUUGACUAACGUAUCUGUACAGAAACAUGGAGGGGAGUAUAACUCAUUACAUGGGGGAAAGCUGAGUGUGCAUAAUCUGCGGCUUCACUUAGAGAGUACAAGGGGAAAAGCUGUAACGGAAAAAUUAUUCGAUCAAAUAAGUUGGCUUAUUAUCCACUCUCUUAAAGCCAUAGCUCCAGUUAUUGCUACAGAUCGUCACUGCUUUGAAUGUUAUGGUUAUGAUAUUAUAAUCGAUAAUACACUAAAACCAUGGUUGAUUGAGGUUAACGCAUCGCCAUCAUUGACAUCAACUACAGCAAAUGAUAGAAUAUUGAAACAUAAGUUGCUUGAUAAUAUUCUCAAUAUCAUCGUUCCACCUUCAGGUAUCCCUGACGUCAGAUGGAAUAAAAUUACUUCAUCGCAGACCCAUGGAGACUUUGAACUUCUAAUCGAUGAAGAUUUGAUAAAUAUGGUUGAUAAUUCAGAAAUUUCAUCUUCAAAUAGGAGUGGUUUCAAAUGGAAAUAAAGUUGGACAAAACCACAACUUCAUGUGAUUUUAUGUACUAAAUGUGUAACAAAAUUCUAAACAUUCUACCUACUUCUUUUAUUUCACAAAAAAUGUUGUGAAGCUAUCGAAAGCAUUGAUAAUGAAAAAGAUUCCUAGAAUGAAACAACAGAAGUUGCUUGUGCUCUAUAUUUGUUGAAUAAAAGCUUCUGAAAAGAUGUGCGAAA